AUGGAACAGCGUGCGGACCGGGCCGUCCUGAAGUUGAGUUUUCGAGGCGACACGGCGGCGGCGGCCACGCUGCUCCCGCUCCUCUGUCUCCCCAUGGAUAUGCACUGCAAAGCAGACCCCUUCUCAGCGAUGCACCCAGGGCACGGGGGUGUGAACCAGCUCGGGGGGGUGUUUGUGAACGGCCGGCCCCUGCCCGACGUGGUGAGGCAGCGCAUCGUGGAGCUCGCCCACCAGGGCGUGCGGCCCUGUGACAUCUCCCGGCAGUUGCGGGUCAGCCACGGCUGUGUCAGCAAGAUCUUGGGCAGGUACUACGAGACCGGCAGCAUCAAGCCCGGCGUGAUUGGCGGCUCCAAGCCCAAAGUGGCGACCCCCAAAGUGGUGGACAAGAUCGCCGAGUACAAGCGACAGAACCCGACUAUGUUCGCCUGGGAGAUCCGAGACCGGCUCCUGGCCGAGGGCAUCUGCGACAACGACACGGUGCCCAGCGUCUCCUCCAUCAACAGGAUCAUUCGGACCAAAGUUCAGCAGCCUUUCCACCCGACCCCCGAUGGGGCUGGAACGGGAGUGACUGCCCCUGGCCACACCAUUGUUCCCAGCACGGCCUCCCCUCCUGUCUCCAGCGCCUCCAAUGAUCCAGUGGGAUCCUACUCCAUCAAUGGGAUCCUGGGGAUUCCUCGCUCCAACGGUGAGAAGAGGAAACGUGAUGAAGAUGUAUCCGAGGGCUCCGUCCCCAACGGAGACACCCAGAGUGGCGUGGACAGUUUGCGGAAGCACUUGCGAGCCGACACCUUUACCCAGCAACAGCUGGAAGCUUUGGAUCGGGUCUUUGAGCGUCCUUCCUAUCCCGAUGUCUUCCAGGCAUCGGAGCACAUCAAAUCCGAACAGGGGAACGAGUACUCCCUCCCAGCCCUGACCCCUGGCCUUGAUGAAGUCAAGUCGAGUCUAUCUGCAUCCGCCAACCCGGAGCUGGGCAGUAACGUGUCAGGCACGCAGACAUACCCUGUCGUGACCGGUCGUGACAUGGCGAGCACCACUCUGCCUGGUUAUCCCCCUCAUGUGCCCCCCACUGGCCAGGGAAGCUACCCCACCUCCACCCUGGCAGGAAUGGUGCCUGGCCUCUCCUCUUCACGCCGGGGUGCUUCUGGCCUUUGCCAGGGGCCUCCCCUGACGCGGACCCGCUGCCUUCCCAGCGUCCGCCUGGCCAGAACGCCGGCGGCGGGCUUGGCGCUGCCCGCGGGAGUGAGUUCUCCGGCAACCCGUACAGCCAUCCCCAGUACACGGCCUACAACGAGGCUUGGAGAUUCAGCAACCCCGCCUUACUAA